UAAAUAUCGAUUUAAUUUAUACUCAGAUCAUUUCUGUAAAAUACAUGGAGUGUGGUGGUGUGCAUUCUUGUCGCGGUUGAACUUCUACAAGGCAUGACUUCAUCAAAGUCCUCCCAGUAUAUCUACACCCUAGCAGUGACGAUAGUAGUUAUCGCUGGAGGCACCGUGAUUGGCUGGAGCUCACCUGCUCUUCCACAACUUCAAUCGCCUGACUCUGAUGUCCCACUCACCCCUGAGGAAGGAUCAUGGGUGGGUUCUCUCCUCACAAUAGGAUGCUUCUUAGGAGCCCUGCCAGCAGGAUCUAUCGCAGAUUGUCUCGGUAGGAAGUGGGCUAUAAUGAGCAUGACCAUCCCUAUCCUUACAUCUUGGGUCAUGAUUUUCUUUGCUAAAACUGCAAUGAUAUUCUACAUCGCACGACUGAUUGGUGGAUUAGGACUUGGAGCUUUGUGUACCUUGGUCCCUAUGUAUAUCGGGGAAAUUGCGGAAGAGAGUAUUAAAGGUACUCUGGGUACUGGGUUCCAGCUAAUGUUGGUCGUUGGUAUUGUUUAUGCCUACAGUGUUGGAGCAGCUGUGAAAUACACGAUGCUGCCUUUACUUUGCGGAAGCAUUAACGUAAUAUUCCUAAUUGCGUUCUUCAUGGCACCUGAGAGCCCCGUUUGGCUAGUGGUAAAAGGUCGACGGAGGGAAGCUGAAGCCUCGCUCCGCCGCCUUCGAGGAGCUUCACACGAUAUUACUGGGGAGAUGGAAGCUGUCGAAGAAGAGUUCGCAAAACAAAAUGAGAUGAAUGUUCCAUUUUUCCAAGCGAUAUGCACAAGAGCCGGUAUUCUGUCCUUCACCAUGUGCCUCGGAUGUAUGUUUUUUCAGCAGGUGUCAGGAAUAAAUAUUGUAAUUUUCUAUGCGGGAAAUAUCUUCAAGGAUGCUGGAAGCAGUUUAGAUCCGGCUAUCGCAGCCAUCUUGAUACCCCUUACCAUGACAUUCGCGACCAUUGUUUCAGCUUUGCUCGUUGACCGCCUCGGCAGAAAGAUACUGCUCCAGAUUUCUGCGGGAGCUAUGAUCAUCUGCCUUGGUGUUCUUGGCUACUUUUUCUAUAUGAAAGAUAACGGUCAAGAUAUCUCCAAUAUUGGAUUGGUUCCGAUAGGCGCAAUGAUCCUCUAUGUGUUGCUCUUCGGUAUUGGAUACGGUCCCAUUCCUUGGAUGAUAUCCAGUGAACUUCUUCCUCCCGAAAUCAAAUCCACCUGCUCAGGCAUCGCAGCCGGUUUCAAUUGGCUCGUAGCAUUCGUUGUUACAAAAUCAUUUCAACCACUUGUGGCAGGAGUCGGCUCCGCCGUAACUUUCUGGAUUUUUUCUGGAUUUAACGCUCUAUCUCUCAUUUUCGUAACUUUUGUUUUAUUAGAAACUAAGGGUAAAAGUAUAGCUGAAGUACAAGAGAUUCUCAGCGGCAAGAAAAUCUGAACAUUUCGUAGUUAAAUCGAAACCAUGUGUAAAAGAGCCAGUAUUCAGUCCUUCGACAUGUGCGUCGAAUUUAUGGCAUGAAUCUUCGAUGGUUUAUGUUGGUAUGUGAAUAAUAAAUAUAUGAUAUAUUUUACAUUUAUUUAAUUUAUUAUAUUUUUUAAUAAAAGUUAUUUAUACAACU